GUGUCGCUUGACUUUAAAAGCCUAGUCAUAAUUAUUUUUGAAUCGUCAGUUCUUUCGCUGUUUAAGGCAUUUGCAAAGACGAAUAGAACCAUUACCGACUUUGAAUUACAAUGCAGUCGAUUAAGUUAAACAAUGGCAGAUCAAUUCCGUCGCUAGGCCUCGGAACUUGGAAAAGUAAACCGGGCGAAGUCGCCAAUGCAGUUAAAGUAGCCAUUGAGGCCGGCUACAGACAUAUAGAUUGUGCUGCAGUUUAUGGCAAUGAAAAGGAAGUAGGAGAGGCUCUAAAAGCUUGCAUUGGAACUACGGUGAAAAGAGAGGAUCUGUUUAUCACCUCUAAACUAUGGAACACAAAGCAUAACCCUGCUGAUGUGCUACCUGCUCUGAAGCGCACACUGAGUGACCUACAACUAGACUACCUUGACCUUUACCUUAUACACUGGCCAUUAUCUUUUGAAGAUGGUGAUAACCCUUUCCCUAAGGAAGCUGAUGGAAGUGUAAUCUAUGCAUAUCAUGAUCCAUGUGAUACCUGGAAAGCUAUGGAGCCCUUAGUGGAUGAAGGCUUAGUCAAAGCUAUUGGAUUGUCAAAUUUUAACAGUAAACAAGUUGAUGACAUUAUAGAGAAGAGCCGUGUAAAGCCUGCUGUACUACAGGUGGAGUGUCAUCCCUACCUCAAUCAAGCUGAUCUUUUAGCUCAUUGCAGGAAGAGAGAUGUGGUUGGUGGGCAAAACCUGGAGAUCCCUACCUUUUGGAUGAUCCCAAGAUGGUGGCAAUUGCCAAUAAAUAUGGCAAAUCUCCUGCGCAGGUCUGUAUUCGCUUUCAGAUACAGCGUGGUUUGUCUGUUUUACCCAAGAGUGUUACUCCUGCUCGCAUUAAGAGCAACUUUGAGGUUUCUGAUUUUCAACUGUCUGAUGAAGACAUGAAGGUUAUUGAAUCCUUUAACAGACCUUGGAGAGCUUGUAUUCCAAUGAUAGAGGUUGAUGGCAAGAAAGUCCCAAGAGAUGCUGCCCAUCCUCAUUUCCCAUUCAAUAUACCAUAUUAAUAUCUCUCUUUUUUGUGCUUAUUGCCCACAAAUAUUUACAUACUGACAACUUCUACUGAGGCUUUUUUUCCCUUUUUUUUUCCUCCUUGUUUGUGUUUUGAUAUAUCUUUCUGCACGUUAGUGAGGUGAAAAUUGGUUUAAAGAAUUUUUGUCAGGUGUUUCAAAAGCAUUUAAGAGUCAAAAUUGUGAUAUGAAAUUCUGGUGUUCAAAGCUUAACAUGCAGAGUAGCUCAGGAAAGAUACUAAAUACUUAAACAUGGUUUUGUGAAAAUAGUUAGAAUUUUAAAAUUCAACCAAGCAAUUUUCAAAUGAAGUAUUUUUCUCAUAUAGUUUUAUGAGUAAUAAAUAAAAUAUGGAAUUUCAA